CAGUGCGCCCCGAACAGACUGGAGCCGAGGAAACGCUGCAGAGAGCAAGCUGCACAGAGCAUCGCCACACCGAUACCGAGCGACCGGGGCGACAGCCACUGACAACCGCAGGUCGGAAUCUUAGUUUCCCGGUUGUCGACGCCUCUCAGACGUUGCCAUGGCUCCGACGCUCGCCACUGCUCACGCCCGCCGCUGGUGGAUGGCGGUCACCGCGGUGAUUGAGAACCUGCUCUUCUCCGCCGUGCUCCUGGGCUGGGGCUCGCUCCUCAUCAUGCUCAAGUCCGAGGGCUUCUAUGCCUACCUCUGUCACGAGCCAGAGAAUCAGACGAACAGCUCUGCAGACGGGAACACCGUGGACAUGGUGAUCCGCAUGAACGGCUGGCUCAUCUGCAAGGAACAGGACGAGAUGCUGAACCUGGCCUUCACCGUGGGCUCCUUCCUGCUGAGCGCCAUCACCCUGCCCCUGGGCAUCGUCAUGGACAAAUAUGGGCCCCGCAAACUGCGUCUGCUGGGAAGCGCAUGCUUUUCUGUGUCCUGCCUACUCAUCGCCUAUGGAGCAAGUAAUCCGAACUCUCUGUCGGUGCUCAUCUUCAUCGCUCUGUCUCUCAAUGGCUUUGGUGGGAUGUGCAUGACCUUCACCUCACUCACGUUGCCGAACAUGUUUGGGGAUCUGCGAUCGACCUUCAUCGCCCUGAUGAUCGGCUCUUACGCCUCCUCUGCCGUCACAUUCCCAGGGGUUAAGGUGAUCUAUGACCUAGGAGUAACAUUCAUCACUAUCCUGUUGGUGUGGGCGGCCUGUUCUGGUCUUGUCUUCAUCAACUGCUUCUUGAACUGGCCGCUGGAACCCUUCCCUGGACCCGAGGACAUGGAUUACACGGUGAAGAUCAAGUUCAGCUGGCUGGGCUUCGACCACAAGAUCACAGGGAAGCAGUUCUACAAGCAAGUGACCACAGUGGGGAGGCGGCUCAGCGUGGGCAACUCCAUGAAACAGCACCCCAAGGAGCUGGCCGCGCAGGAGGGCAACAAGCUGUGCUUGUCCACCGUCGACCUGGAGGUCAAGUGCCAGCCCCAGGCUGAAGAGACCCCCUCGUUCAUGCGCAGUAUCUUCAGCCCCAUCUUCAUACUGAGCCUCGUCACCAUGUGUGUCACCCAGCUGCGCCUCAUCUUCUACAUGGGCGCCAUGAACGGCAUCCUGGAGUCCCUCGUCGACGGCAACCUGGACACAGUUGGAAAGAUGAAUGUUGUCAGUCUCUACACCUCCAUCUUCGGAGUCCUGCAGCUGCUCUGCCUGCUCACAGCGCCCGUCAUCGGAUACAUCAUGGACUGGAAGCUGAAGGAGUGCGACGAUGGCUCAAAGGAGGACGACGAGAAAGAGCCCGGCAAGGAUGGGAAACGGCCGAAGAAACGUGACCGACAGAUCCAGAAAAUCACGAACGCCAUGCGAGCCUUCGUCUUCACCAACCUGCUGCUGGUUGGGUUUGGGGUCACCUGUCUCAUCCCCAACCUGCCUCUCCAGAUUAUCUCGUUUAUUUUGCACACGGUCGUCAGAGGAUUCAUCCACUCUGGAGUCGGAGGUCUUUACGCUGCUGUAUACCCCUCGACGCAGUGCAGCCUCACGGGGAUGCAGUCUCUGAUCAGCGCCCUCUUCGCUCUGCUCCAGCAGCCCCUUUUCAUGGCAAUGAUGGGUCCGCUCAAGGGAGACCCUCUCUGGGUGAACAUCGGGCUGCUGGCACUGAGCAUGCUGGGAUUCUGCCUCCCCCUCUACCUGGUCUUCUUCCGCCAGCAGCUUCAGAGACAGAAGAAGCAGAAGGAGGAAGACGCAUCGCUGUUUGUGAAAAUCAACGGCAGCAACACACAGGAGGCCUUCAUAUAGGGGAGGCGUGUGCACGAAAUAAAGAGACAGGACUCUGAAUCCAGCGUGUCCACUCCACUAGCUCCCUACUGCUCUCUCUCUCUGUCUCACUCACUCACUCACUCACUCACACACUCACACACACACACACACACACACACACACACACACACACACACACACACACACAAGGGUAUUAUCUCCUGCACUGUUUUUUGCCUCCCUGAAAAUCAAGCCCCGACUGGAUCUCGCUGGAGCGUGAGAUGAGAGGGGAGAGCAGCCACACAGCCCGGCCCGAGCCGUGGUCAGUAUUUUAUUUAUAUCUUGAUUUUGCUGUUUCUUGUGGGAGAAGAAUUUCAUCUUGGACCGACCCACCUUUGAAAACGAAACUACCCCAUCCUGUUAGAGUGAGAAACCGUAACUGUAAAGAGGUCGCUGCCAACCAAGGGAGGUCAUCUUUUCACAUAAAACUUUACAAUCUCCGUUUAGAACAGAGAAGCCUCUCGGAACGCUUUGUAAACUUUUACAACGUCAUGGUUUUUUUUUUUGGUUUUUUUUCACAGGUUGUAAACUUUUACGAAACCUCUUUCUCAGUGUUUCCUUGUGUGGCUGGAGCGUUGAAAUGCAUUUUCGCCCCUGUGAUGGUUUUUAAGUUUCUUAAUUAGCUGAUGCACUCCGGAAGAAAAGAAAAGAAACAAAACGUUGAUCGUUUUAACCGUCUUAUUGGUGCUGUUUUAAUAGUAAUCCUUCAAAAAGAGGAAGCUCGUCCUUUCACAAAAGAUCUUUAGGAGCUUUCACAAGCUUGUGAGCUGCACAGAGCUGCUGCAGAAGACACAAUAUUGAACUGUCCUGUACAGGACAGCCCUGUGUCAGUGGCUUAGCUACUGUUUCAACCUUUUAAUAUUUCAAAUUUACCAAGUGAAAGCAUGCACCCAGCAACGACAACGACAACAACAAACAGAAUUGUCAUCAGUUUGCGGUUUUCUUAUCUGUUGCUCUCUGAGUUUGGUGACUGUUUUGAAGAGGAACAAUUGAAGGAUGAUCCCAGUUAAAAACAGUGUGACUCUUCUGGGAGUCAGGGGGUUGGAGUAAAGGAUUCCCUGUGGACACCAGCGCCUCAUUGCAUUUCAGUCCUGGGGAAACAGCCAUACAUGCAGCUUCUGGACACAGCAGUACUGUGUCAAAAUGCAAGGGUUCUCUUUCGAUUUGAUUACACUGAGAGUUUGUUUUGUAUUACUAUAGCCACUAUUAUACCAGUAUGUUGUAUUAUUGUUAUGAUUGUUAUUCUUGUUAUUGUUGGCUGAUUGGCAGAAUUCCCAGCUGGUUUAACUUGAUCACACCGGUUAUCAUGACGUAGAGGAUCUGUUAUACAACGUGUGCAGCCUGUAUUACCCUGAGCUCUCUACACUGUAGUUAAUGAAUUAUUAACCAACUCAACAUGCAGAUUUGCACUUAAUUGCUUAGCAGAGAGACGAUGCGGUGCACGCUAAUGCCUCUGUGCAGACAGUCCGGCAAGGCGCUAUAACAGAUCCCAAAGUCUGUGUUAACAGAUAAUGGAGUCUAGGCAAAAAGAGGGACUGUCCCUGAGCAGAGAAUGCUGUUGAUUGGCGUGACUGCUAUAGCCAGCGAUCACUUUGGGCAGAUUGUAUUAAUGGACGACUGCCUGCUUCUAGUCUAGUCUUACCAAUCAGCGUUUCUAUAGUAACGACGAGCAAGCCCGCAGCUUAUACUAGAGUGGGCUCUCUCGUCAGCACCAUGCUUGAGAAGGCGCUUGUUAAAAACUGCAAGCUCCCCUUUGGCACGCUGCAUGACCACAGUACCUCAAGUUAACCCUUGCCGUUCCACAAAGACAGCUCUCACCUGCCCACGACUGCCCCUGUCUGCUGCAUGUGGGGAGUGUCUUUAUACAAGGCAGCGCAACUCCACGACACUCGAGUCAUUUCAAAAAAAGCAAAGACAUGCAACUGUGUAAUAAAGUAAUGCAUCAUUUGAAUAGCUUCAGAAGCCUUGAGUUUCCGUUAGAUUUGUAUGGUGUCUGUUCUCAUUGUCUUAUAGAAACUAUAGACUGGGGAGAGCUGAGACGUUGAUUAUGCUGUAAUCAGUGUUACAAAGACAAUGGACAGCACUGAACUUACUGGCUUUUGAAGCUAGUUAGUAAGGACAUCGUGCUGUUAAUGCAAUAUAUAUAUAUAGGUAAAUGUUUUGCUUGGAUUUCUUACACAGCGGAUGGCGCCACCUGGUGGCCACAUGCAGUAACUGUGGUUAUACAUGUGCUUUUUUAAAAAUCACAAGGGAACAUGAAUUGUGAAUGAUUGUGUGCCACACUCCUAAUUAAUGUGCAUAUAUACAGUCGGCCCUGUUUUACAUGGUCACUUGUAGGAUCACGGGCAGAUACAAGUGUUUAGUUGAUUGAAGUCUGAGAGAUUCAUCUAUACAGGUUUGACUGCAUAUACUGACACAGACCAAGUGUACUCUUGCUAUAUUGCAUAUACAGUAUUAUAUAUGCUGCAUGUACGCUUCAUGUACACAAAAGAAAAUAAAUGGUGGAAUCUCAGUGAGUAUUAACAACUUCUCUUUAUGUUUUGAAAGCUGCCUUUUUUAGAUUGCUCUUCAUUGCUUAGUGCCAAAAGCCCUACGACUGCCAAAUGAAAAAGAGUUCUCACUUCCGAGUGCUGGAUUGCAAAACGGCUUUGAUAAGAUAAGCCUGAAAGGAAAGGAAAAGCUGUUUAAAAGAUCCCAUAAUGAUCCCAGAUGAAUGAUUAUAAACCCCAACCCCUGGUUCUAAUAUCUGCAUUGCAUUAACCCAGAAGCCUUGAGGCUAGCGGGAUCCCCCUUUCCUCUGGGCUCUCAGCAAUAGGGGACUGGUGUAUUCGAAGCACAUUGAUGUCCUACAGCAGCGUGCCUGCAGCGGUUCUGCUCAGUUUCUCAAGCGCAUGCUCCCAGACCAUUGGAUUACCAGCACAUGUGCGCUAGAAAAGCCACACGGCUUUAUCAGGGCACCGCGCAGAGUCGGGGGUCCCUAUGAAUACACAGUACUGUAUACUUGGCCGUGUAGAUUGUGUGCACAAUAUACAAAGGGCUGGAAUGACAAUGACAUUGAUGAAGAGUUGUGUACUGACAGGACAUUGCAUGUUACAAAGGACCUUCUUUACACGGGAGUGAAUAGCGCCACAGUCUGGAAGCAAUAUCACAGAACAGGACACUGAGAUCAAUGGGGGCAGAAUAUAUAUAUAUAUAUAUAUAUAUAUAUAUAUAUAUAUAUAUAUAUAUAUAUAUAUAUAUAAUUGUUCAAUGUAUUGAAAAGUUUGUUGUAUACUAUGAAUGUGUGUUUUAAUCUGCAAUAUUUUCUGAGCUUGUUGUAUUUGCUGUUUAUCUGUAUUCAUUGAGAAAUAUACAUGUGUACUGAAACCAGAGGAAGAUACCGUACAGUACGUGAGGUAGGCUUGGAUUUAAAUAGAGGCUGCUUCCUAGUAAGACGGCGCUAUUACACUGCAGCAAUACACUUCUAUAUAAUCACGCUGCAAGUUAACUGCCGGGGGUCCUGCGCGCUUACCUGAAAGCUUUUCACUAUGGGAUUGAACAGCAAUGGGCAUUUAUUUGCCAUAAAAACAGCUGUUUGAGAUAUGAGUCACUGGGCAGAGGGACUGCACCGACUGUAUGGUGCGGUAUUGCGGUUAAUAUCGCUUCCCCUUUAAGAAUUGGGCUAGCUGUUAUAAGGACUGAGGAGGUUGACGUUUCGCUUAAAGGGAAAGACAGUUCUGAACACAGCCCAAACUUCAAUGGAACGGCACCUGUUUGCAUGUAGUGCUGCUGGUUCGACGGUGCUUAGUGUUAUGCAAUGGGUGGCCAUAAACUGAAGCGUGGUCCUCGCUUCACAAGAGAGCUGGCUGGUCAAGUCUAAAGACCGCAGUAAGCGUCCAGUCUGACCCCCUGCAAUCCCGUUCAGUAAUAAUGCGUCACUUCUGUAAGGAAACCCAGCAGCCAGGCCAUAAUUACAUUUCAGAUUCCAGUUUUCUCUGGAACACUUCUCCUGAAGGGUACAAACCUGGAUUUAAAAAAAAAAGAGCGCUCCCGUUGUGAGCGCAGAGAAUCCACUAUCGGUCAGCCUCUAUUUAAAAGCUCUCCCUAGCCAUGUCCUGAUUUUGCAGCCACGCACAUGCGGCACAUGCUGUGCGCUGCAGCGCGCUGUGCUCCUCAACGCCCGUACACCUCUCAGCUUUACAGGGGCUCGCCGUUAGCAGACGGAAAACGAAGCCGGUUUUGGAAUAUUUCGUUUGGUGAACGCGUUUUUUUGCGAUUCACCACAAAAAAACAAUGUAACCUGUAAUAUGAUGACCGACCUUUGCGGCUCCCUCAGACAAGGCAGACCUUUCCAGACGCCAGACGCCUGCCUGCCAGGGCUUGCCCGGGAGUGCUGACAAGAGUGAGCGCUACUCGAACAGGCACCGCUACGCUUUCAAUUCUGACCUGCACAUAUGCACCCCAGAUCAGGGCCUCCUUGAUCCGUUUCUGUGUGCUCUUGCACUGCACUGCAAACCAAAACACUGUGACCGUGCUCUAAAACAACAGAAUCGAGCUGGGUUGGCUGGUACACAUGUUUCUGCUGCUGGUGUUUUCUUACUAUCCUUCUUCCCUGGUGCUAAAGGGAACAGCGCAGCAGCGAGCUGUGUUGGUUUAUACAUAUACAUAAUGUAUGCGAUCCACGUUGUGUAUGCACAUUUAGAAGCAGGGUUACUGUGCCAAACACACGUUUCACUACACGGGCAGUUUAACAGAUAACGCGGUAAGGCGAGUGUGGAAUUCAAUGUGAAUUAUGGCGGCGCUCUCCUUAUAGCGGCUUUGAAGGAAUGAACAGUCGGGUCUGUUUCAGCAGAAUGAUCGCAGCUGUGUUUGUUUCGUUUCAUAAGGGCAGCGCUGCCAUCGAUCGCAUUGAUUCCGGGACGGUUACUGUAUCUGUUAAAACCAGGCUGAGUUCAGGGUGUUGAUUCUGCAGCUCUCCAUUCAGCUCAGUUGACCAGCUUGAAUUCACACUGCCAGGUUUAGGACUGAGGCACCGCGAUCACUUUUAAGAUGGGUGAGAAAGAGCAUUUGUGUUUAGGUUAAAGUCCUGACUGAUUAUUGGACGAAAUGACCAGUUGACCAUGUUUUCAUACCUGAAUUAAAUACAGGUGUAUAAAUGAGUCUGAAUGGAAACUGGAAAACAACACCAAAACCAUUUCAGAACUGUUUAUUAUUAUUUUUGUCGGAAUAAUCAUUUUGCUCACGUCAUUCCGUUCCAUAAUUUGGCGUUUGCUCGUUUUCAAGUGUUUUACGUGUUUGAUUUUAGUCUUGUAUUAAAGGAAAUAGAAAAUCAACAAUAAGAAUAAAUAAAUAAAUAAUUUGCUAAA